UUCUUGUUUUGAAAAAAAUACCGCGCGUACGGUUAUGGCUGUGGCAGUCGCUGAAAUUGUUAUUGAAAACAUGCGCACCUUUUGCCGGGUUUGUCUCGAGGAGCCACAUCGCGCUCAGAUGCUGGAUAUGAAUGCCAUAUAUGACGAAGAUGCACAGUUAACAUAUUACGAUUGUUACGAAAUAUGCACAAAGGAAAAUCUGCGAGAGUGCGCGGAAAACGAGCCCAACAACCUUUGUAAGCAUUGCGGCGUAGAGCUCCAGUGGGCAUAUGAUUUCUAUAAAAAAGUAAAUCGGACAAACCAGCAACUGGAAAACAUGCGAAAUAUUGUGGAUGAGCAAAUAGAAGAUGCCAAUCAGCAAGGGGAGAUUGAUGAGAAGCUUACCGAUACGGAAAUGCUCAACGAUGAACGUUUGCUAGCUAGGAAUGAAAUUAUUUUGCAGUUGGAUGAACAACCAGAAACCGUGAAUGAGACGCUUAGCGAAACGGAAGCAGUAGAACUUCUAGCAGAUCAAUCAGCAAGUGAAGCGGAAACCUCUCAAGCGGUCACCAAUGUCAGUGUCAAUGACGUUGUACCACGACUGCGAUAUUCCGUCAAAUUUAGCUGCCAGUUUUGCAACAAACUGUUUCGCAAUCAUUCCCACAUGCAGAAGCACCAGCUGAUUCAUCUCUCGGAUCGUCCACAAUUCCAUUGCAGCUUCUGUGAUCGCGUCUAUCUUACCAAGCAGGCACUCAAGGUGCACGUGGACACGAAACACAACAAAUCGGGCAGUGCCUGCACCAUCUGUGGCAAGGUGUUUGCCAUAGCCAAAGCUCUUGAAGUGCAUAUGCGUUAUCACAAUGGGCAUUUUCCAUUUAACUGCAAUCAAUGCGAUCGCAAAUUCGCGCAACGAUCCCAUCUCAAUAUCCAUGAGCAGGUGCAGCACAGCAGCUCUCGCUUCUUCUGUGAGUUUCCUGACUGUGGCAAGCUCUUCACAUCUUCAUCGGCGCUCCGUAAUCAUGAGUGCACUCACACCGAGAUGCCUUUCGAGUGCAAUGUCUGUCAGCAGGGAUUUCCGGCCCGGUACAAACUUCGCUUGCACGCACAUCGCAAGCACAACAUGCAAUUGACACUUGAACAGCUGGAGACGAUGCGCAAGUUUCAUAUAAUGCGCUCAAAGCGGGUUCUGGCCAAGAUUGAUGACCAACACCUUGAAAGUUUAGCUGCUAAUGACACCUAAGUUUAGAUAAAUGACUUGUCAAUUAACUUAACACAACCAUUUAAAGUUUAAACACAUUUAUAAUAUACCACAUAAUGACUACGUUCCUUGAAAAAAAAAA